UACACGCUGAUUUUGUGCUUCUGGUGUCACAGAUCCUUGCGCACUGGCGCGGAUGACCAUCGAGCAAGUCGCCAAACUCAGGCGUUCUCCGGCCAGGGCUUCCCGUGGUGCGCCUCGUGCCAAAGAUGCAGAUCCGAGCACCCGCGCCGAGCACGUCCAAAAUGCUCAAGGAGAUCCCUGCAACGGCGCAUGUUCCCUGCGAGCUUAGCUGACUGCACGAAUGCUGCAUGCAUCGGGUCUGCGGCUUCGCACAGCCGGUCUGGCAACAUGGGCCCUUCGAUGCCGCCGGCACGGAUGAACGCGGCUAGCGUAACCGAGCGUCAUAAGAGCAGGCGGUACGAUGUAGCUCUCGGAGCUUUGUUGCGCUCACUGAUUUCCUCAUAUUCCUCGCGACGUGCAAUUGAAGCCUCCACGCGGUACUCUGAUACAAGGAGCUCCUUCCGGUCUACGAAGAGAGCCAGCGUUUCAGGGUUUGCGAGGUACAUAAGGCAGCGGCGUGUUUAGCACCAGGCAGCUCGUUGUCUGCUCAUCGCUCCGAGGCAGAGCGCGAGCGACUCGCCAUGGCGCCCUACUCUGCACUAGCGUUUGGUGCGAUCGUCCUUCUCUCCGCGCACAGCCACGCAUCGCUGCUCCCACACUCCAUCCGUGACGAGGACUACUUAUCCAAGCGUGCGAGUGUAGGCCCAGUCACCUCCGGACUUCCCUCAGGGUGGAAGUACGGCGCCUGCUAUGUCGACAAUGCAAACGGUCGUGUCUUCGCGGAAGAGGAUCCAGACAACAGCGCCCUCACGGUCGAGUCCUGCAUCAGCUCGUGCACGAGCCAGGGCUUCAGCGUUGCGGGCAUGGAAUAUUCAGUGCAAUGCUUCUGCGGGAAUGAACUCAUCAAUGGCGCCGUGACUGCCCCUGACAGCGACUGCAACAUGGCCUGCGGAGGCAGCGCUACCGAGGCGUGCGGUGGCCCUAAUAGGCUCUCGGUCUACAGCACAGGGACAAUCACAACCCUUCCCGUUCCGACUACGCAGACCACUGGGCUGCCCGGAAAUUGGCAGUACGUUGGCUGUAUAGAGGAGGGCGCAAACGGCAACCGUGUUUUCCCCUACCAAAUUAUCAACACCAACAACAACUCUGCCGAGGCAUGUCUGAACCAGUGCGGCGCGUUCGGAUACCCCGCUGCCGGCAUGGAGUAUGGCGAUGAAUGCUGGUGUGGUGAUAUCAGCGACGUAACGAGCAACAGCGCUGGCAACGCUCCCGCCACCGACUGUAACCAGGCUUGUUCUGGCGAUCCGAUUCACAUCUGCGGAGCUGGUAAUCGACUCUCGUACUACACGUUCCAAGGGGGCAUCGCCAAUUGGAAUACGCCUUCGAACACCGGUCGAUACGAGAUCGGCGGCGUCGUAGUCCCUCUUCUCGUCACUCUCGGAAUCAACAACAAGGUCGCCUUCCUGGAAAAGUUUGGAACGAGCGAGUUUGACAACUCCACCGGCGCUUACGAGCUGGAUCUUAGCCUCGUCGACAACUUCGAUCUGGCGUGGCGGACGAUGCACGUCAAAUCUGAUGUAUUCUGCUCUGCAGCCGUCGUUCUGCCCGACAAAGCCGCGCGUCAGCUGAACAUCGGUGGCUGGAGUCUCCAGAGCACCCAAGGAGUUCGUCUCUAUACUCCUGAUGGCAGUCCGGGUGUGAACGGCACGAACGAUUGGGAGGAGAACUAUGAGGAGCUCCAUUUGCAGCGCCAGCGCUGGUAUCCAUCCGCUCUCGUCCUCGUAAACGGUUCUGUUCUCGUCAUGGGUGGCGAGGUAGGCAGCAACGGCGCGCCAGAGCCUAGUCUCGAGAUUCUGCCGACCCCCGAAGGUGGUCCUACCUGGAUAUUCCUCGAUUACCUUAACCGUACAGACCCGAACAAUUUGUACCCUUACCUCAUCAACCUCCCGAGCGGCAAAAUCUUCGUCGGUUACUACAACGAGGCUCGGAUACUCGAUCCGGUCACCUUUGACACCGUUCAGGUGCUUCCCAACAUGCCCGGCUCCGUCACGAGCUUCUUGGCAGGGCGUACGUACCCGAUGGAAGGUAGCACCGUCAUGUUCCCGCAGCACGCUCCUUACACGGAUCCGAUGACCGUCCUGAUUUGCGGCGGUUCGAACUUUGGGGUUGCGCUGGAUAAUUGCGUCAGUAUUCAGCCUGAAGUGGAAAACCCGCAGUGGACGCUUGAACGGAUGCCGUCAAAGCGUGUGAUGCCGUGCAUAGUAUCUCUUCCCGAUGGUACUUUCCUCAUCGUCAACGGCGCUAUGCAAGGCGUCGCUGGUUUCGGGCUUGCCACCGACCCCAACUUCCAAGCCCUGCUCUACGACCCCACUCAACCGGUCAAUUCCCGAAUCUCCAUCCUCAACACCACGAUUGUUGCCCGGCUGUAUCACUCAGAGGCUACGCUGCUCUACGACGGCCGCGUCUUGAUUUCUGGCAGUGAUCCCCAAACGCCAGGCUUCCCAGAGGAGAUGCGUAUCGAGGUGUACUAUCCGCCGUAUCUGACAGACGGCCGUACACAACCAAGCUUUACCAUCGAAGAGACUGACUGGAAUUACGGCGGGCAAUACUCGAUUACCGUGACGCUGCACGAAGGAACCACGAGCACGAUGCGUGUCUCUCUCGUCGCUGCUACUUCUAGCACGCAUGGAAACGCCAUGGGCAGCCGGACGAUCUUCCCCGCGUUCUCUUGCAACGGAAACACGUGCACGAUCACCGCACCCCCUAACGCAAACAUCUCCCCGCCUGGAUGGCACCAACUCUUCGUUCUCGACGGGCCGACGCCGUCUUUCUCGCACUGGGUCCGCAUCGGAGGCGACCCCGGACUCCUUGGCGAAUGGCCGAACUUCCCUGAUUUCACCCUCCCCGGAGAGUAAAAACGUUCGCUCUUACGAAUGGACUAGACUGUGGCUUGGCUGAAACCCGGACGGUUUUCGUGGAUGUUGCGGAUACGGUUUGAAUCACGACUUGGACACGACUUGGACACGGUUUGGACACGAUUUGCGCGACUCGUAGUACCUUCCUCUCCGAGACGAUUUUCCCAGCGAACAUGCCAAGGACCAGUACUUUCACGCUCUCGGGACUUUGUUUCGUACCUUCUGUAGUAUGGCUAGUAUGAGGUUUUGCGAAUGUAUCUGAUU